AUGUUCACCUCAACUGAUCGAGCUUUACUACGGGCCGUCGUUUUCGCGUGUCGCGGUUGCAAAAGAGAACGGCAUCAUCUCACUGUAAAGGUAGUGGGAAAUGAAAUAUUGAACGAUCCCUGUGAGGGACACGUAUGUACGCCUGUAAAUACAUUUCAAGAUAGAGCCAACAGAUUGAUGUAUAAGACUUGUCAGAAAGUGCGAAGUGAUCCGCUUAUCGCAAGUAAGUCAAUCCCAGAGAUAUGGGAAGAAACCUUACAACAAACAAUGACCGGUCGUCGUGGAUCUGAGGAAUUGGUAGCAUAUUUUUACAAGUAUGGUCUGGAAUCUAGGAGAAGAACCAUUGAAAGAGCGAGGGCGGCCAACAUUCACAGUCAUGUAACGUGGGACUACGUUCCCCGAGCCUACGCCUUCCUUGAAGAUGGAAGUCCAUUUCUUCAGGACAUAAAUGAGAUUAUUCAGUUGUACUAUUCAUCAACUACAAUCAGGAUGGCUUGCGAAAAGGGCUUGCAUGCCCUAGUGAUGGAUGGCAUGCACAAAAUUCUACCUAGCAAUUUUGGUGAUGUGCAGCUAUAUACGAUCCACGGCGUCCUUAUGUCCGAACAUGAAGUGCCGCUAGUUUAUGCGUUUACAAGGAACAAAACCCAACAAACGUAUGAAAGAAUCUUUAGCAGAGUACAGCGAGAAUUGCAAGCGGCUGGCGCCACCGACCCUUCAAGAAUUAUACUGGAUUUCGAAAUCUCAGCUUUGAAAGCAGCAGAGCGGUGCUUCCCGAAUACGAGUGUAGAAGGAUGUCUUUUUCACCUUAGCCAAUGCUGGAACCGAAAAAGAAACGCUCUUGGAAUCACCAAGUCCCUAAAAGGACCUCAUCGCAGUGCUUUUGUGAAAAAGUGGUGGCGGACAAUAAAGGGAAUCCCAUUUUUGCCGGAGCGAUUUCUCUCGAGGCUGCCUGGCUUGUUCCGUCCGUCCAUGCCCGAUACACACCCAGCCUUUGAAUGUUGUGAAGCGUUCUUAGUCUAUCUCUACGAUACGUGGCUUAGCGAACCACUUCGUCGGUACUGGUGCAAAUGGAGAAUAGGGACCUUAAGAACUACCAAUAUUGCAGAAUGCUACCACAGCAAAUUUCGACGAUCACUUGGCCAAAAACACGCGAGCUUCCAAAAUGUUCUGGCACGCAUCAAGCAAGAAAACGUAAAUGCGGUCGCUAAGUUGAUGACUUUUGAUCAGUUCGACAUUGGAAGACAUGUUCGCAGAAAGUAUUCGCUUCGAAAAGAGAAGAUAUCCCGAAAAAUGGAGUCAUUCGAGAGGCAAAUACAGGGAGUAGUCACCACAAGCGCACUGAUAAGAUACUGUAGAGCCAUGUCGCGCUUUGUUAGCGAAAAGGCCAUAUGA